AUGUAUCUGGGCCACACAAUACAGGCUGCAGGCGCAUUGUUGCCGCUUACCAGCAGGCCGAUCGCCGCCACAGGAACGAGGACCCUCUUUCUGUGAGGACUGCUCACCAUGCAGCUGACCCAGCUCAACCGCGAAUGUCUCCUCCACCUUUUCUCCUUCCUAGAUAAGGACAACCGUAGGAGUUUGUCCCUUACCUGCCAUCAGCUGCGCGAGGCCUUCCUGGACCCCUGCCUCUGGACUCUCCUCCGCUUCAGCUCCCCGUGUCAGCUGACGAGGGACAACUUUGUGCUGGGACCCUCGUUGCGUUACUUGACAGUCUGCUGGUACUCCAGCAGGGUCCUGCAAGUGUGCAACAUUGAGGACUGGUUGAAGAGCUCGUUUCAGAAGGACAUCUGCCGUAAACACGAGAGCCGGGUCAGCACUUUCUUGACCCAUGUCUGCCGCAUGUGUCCCAACCUGCUCCGGCUAACCCUGUCUGGCUGUGCACACAUCACUGACCAGGAUGUGAUCGUCGUACUGCAGAGCUGCAGGAAGCUGCGCUGCCUCCACCUGGAGAACUGUGUCCGCAUCACCGACUGCAGCCUGGAGGGUGUGGUGGCUCACGGAAACAGUCUGGAGGAGGUCAAGGUAGACUUCUGCAGGAACAUCACUCAGGCAGGCCUGCAGGUGGUCAGAAAGAUGAGGCCGGGCAUCCAGCUGAGUGCAGAGAGGAGCGCUGAUAUGAUCCCAGACAGCAAGCCUGAGGAGAGGAUGCCACUCAGGAGGACACUGCAGAAAGUCCUGCAGUUCUCCUGAUGCUGGACCACAAGGGAGAGCAAUUCUGUAACUACAGACUUUUUAAGACCUGACUAUGGUGCCUUUGUUCAGAUUGGUAUCUGUAUUUAAUAGAUGUGUUUUUGUACCCUUUUUAUACAACACAUGUUGAACAUGAGUCCUCUUUACAAAGACUUUUUAGGCUAUCUCCAUUCCAUGUUAAACCAGCAAGAAUUUCAGAGACAAUCACAAUAAAGUCUCACACAGAUGACCUUAUCAAUAAUCCUUAAUCAAUAAAUAUUGAAGUGGUGCAAUUAUAUGAUUCCAGUUUUAAAGAAAUAGUUUGUUACGUUGGGAAUACCACAAUCACGUCUAAACUUUAAAUAUGAAGCUUCAGCCAGGCUAUCUGUUUCAGUCUUUAUGCUAUACGCUAUGCUAACCACCUGCUGGUUCCAGCUACACAUCGACUGUUGAGCGCAUGAGUCGUACCGACCAUCCCAUCUAACACUCAACAAGAAAGCGAAUAAGUAUUUCUCAAAAUGCCAAACUCUUCUUUUAAUAGCAUUUUAUAAUUUGAUUAAAAUAACACACACACUACCUCUCCCAGAUUAGUUAUGCCCAACUACACAGUACAACAGAGCACUGUGUGCUCUCUGUUAGGAUAAGACAUGUAAGAAGGGUUCUCCGGGGGCAAAGAGACUCUGUGCCUGUGAUCGGAAUCAUGUUAUAAGACUGUGCGACAUAUUUAAGUAGGUUGAUUAGGUGAGCGUGCCAUGCAAACAAUGUAUCGCAGGCUUCUGAUGCUGGGGGGCCUUAUGGGUGCAUCGCUGAAGAAUGACCAUAGAUUUUCGAACACAGUCAUUUAAGGGAGCAGUGAGAAGGGCUUAGUGGCAUCUAGUGGUGAGGUUGCAGAUUGCAUCCAGCGUAACACCCCUCUGCUCACCCCUCCCCUUCCAACCAUGUUGGGGAACUACAUUGGCAUUCAGGUCAUGUUAAUGCAAAAGGAUCUCGCUAGAGACGAGGUUUGGUUGGUCCCUCUGGGCUACUGUAAAAACAUGGCUUUUUUUUCAAUCCCACGAGGACAGGCGCUCAGAUACUCAGGUUUCUUUUUAAAUUUAAUUUCAUAUUUAAUGUGUGUGUUUGGUUUUUCAAGCAAUGUGUGUGUGUGUGUGUUUACCUAUUAAAUGUGUUGACAAUUUUCCAUUGCUUCGUGAUGAACAGUAAAGUUUUCAUCUGGAUUUGAAUCAUCAGUAUAAAUAAGUAUAAUGUUAAUUAGAUCUGUUACAAUACAAAGGUUAAUAAAUACUGUUUAGUUGCCGGUUAAAAUUUCAAAUAACUUCAACGCAGGACCACUUCUGAGGCAACAAUGAUCCAUUAGCAGGUGUGUAUUAAUCCAUUAUUGCAGAAUUGCAGCACUCGUAAUAGUAAAGUGUAUUUUGUAAGCGCACUUUCAUGCAAAAAGUUUUUAAUUGCAUUCAGUAACAAUAUCAUAUUUCUGUUUUCUAUUGCUAGUUGUUCUGAUUUGUGAUACUUAAUCAGACAAAAUGAACAGAAUUUCUAUAUGAAGUCUAUUUGCUGGCCCAAAUCCAUAAACAGUUUGGGUGCUUGGUUACAUGAAACCGAAUUAGCAGAGAAAUGUGGUUAUAGUGGUUUCAGCUGCAAGAUCGGUUUCAAAAAUUCCAUUUGGCUUUUAAGUCAUUAAACAAGCAUCAAUUGUACAUUCAAGAGUAGUUCUACUUUCCAGUGAAAUCGAAGAUUUGCAAAUGUAGUUUAAUCAGAACGCAUUUGAUUUCUAUAUAUAAUCACAUUAUCUAUGCAUUUUUUCCCCAUGAUCGCUCUGCAGACAUCUGGUAACCCUUUAAUGAAACACACAAUGGUGACAAAAGAAAACCCUCAAGGCUGGGUGAUGAUAGUAUAGCAUGUGCUGUUUUAAUAUACAAACAAGCCCCAGACCAACAACAUAAAUAUAACUCUGCUGUUGCACAGAGAGACAGAGGCUCACUGCUUAGAGGCUGGACGACAAACCCUAUAUGAUUUACUAUGAAGAAAUAUAUUGGACGUUAAGAUAUAUGAGCUCCAGGUAGGGAGCCUCCUGAGGCACACCCUGCUGCAUACAGGACUCACCUCCAGACGUGUAAAAACACGGCUAUAUCAAAACAUAACUCCUCUGCUUGUUUCUACUGUCGGGGCACAUUCUUUUAAAACAAAAAAAAAUGAACUUGAAAGACCUGUUGCCCAGAUGCAUGUCCUUAAAAGCACUGCCUUUUGCUAUGCAAGCUAUUCCGUUUCAGGAAGCUGCAGCCUUUUUGUUACCUCAUCAAUACUAAUAAUGCAAGUAAUAUGACUCCGUAUCUAUGCAGCUAUUCAGUUAAUAAAUCCAGUAAAAAAAAAUCCAAGUAAAGAACAAAAGAUAAGUUUGUGUCUGAAAAGACUAUGUUGAGGCUAUACUAUGUUGAAUCAUCCUAUUAUGCUGUAGGAGAAAGUCAUACAUCACUUUCCAAGUGUGUGCAUUGAUAUUUGAAUUACUGUGCAGAACAAUGUACCCAUCUCACUGUAUCUGAGAUUCAUAUCUCAAACAUUUCAGGAAAUGCACAUUUUGUUUCCCUUUUGAUCUCUACUGGAACAUUACAUUGAAUUGCAUAUUGUCAAUUUAUUUAUUUAUUAUUUAAUUGAACUAUUAUUUUACAUUAUUUAAUUGGAACAUUCUAUUUUGGGUCCAAUUGUUUUUUAAUCUGCUACCACUUGGCGAUGUCAUCAGACGACAUUACAUUGAAUUUCCCAGCUAUACUGAUGACAUCCAAUUACACAUUUCUGUAUUACUAGAUGAUCUUGACUAUUACAAUGCUCUCUUGUGUUAACAUAACAAAGCUGUUGGGCGCCUUCAACUGUACUCCUCUCUGUGGACAUUUUUAAAAGAAACUAUCUUCUCAGCCAGGCUUUUACUUAAGACUUUUGCUGUCUUAGUUUAAUGUCUUAAUAAUUGUUUUUCAUGCUAUU